AUGCGCCUACUCCUCUGUAUUCUCUACCUCAUUCGAGUGAUCUACGCCGCACCUACCAUUAAUUCAACUUUUAUCAGCGAUGGUUCCGAAGCUUCGUCGUGUGCGAACCAUAGAACCCUGUGGAGCAUCGUCCUUACUUGCGCUCUGACCGUCUUUGCAUGCACAUACAGUGCCAUCCACCCCAAUAUUCCGAGUCCUAAGGACAGCCCCGUUCAUAUUUUAUUGCUACACUUGGGCAUUAUGGUAGCUGCCCUACUCGUUCCUGAGCUGCUCGCUGUAUGGGCGUUGCGCCAGUGGCUUUGGGCUCGUCAUAUUUCAACAGAGUUUAAGUAUGUCAGUAUGCGUCACCCACAAGAGCGGUCUGAAAAUUACGCAUGGACUCAGACUCACAGCUUCUUUGCGCUGAUGGGCGGUUUCAUGCUCUAUGUGGACGGAGAACCUUACCAUAUACUGUUGCCUGACCCCCUUCUCGAUCUAAUCCGUGCUGGAUCCAUUGAUGCCCCUACCCUGACGGAAAAGCAGAUCCACGACCGGAGCAAAGGUAAUGCGAUAUCAAAAGGAUUGAUCAUCCUUCAAGUGUCUUGGUUUAUCCUGCAACUCAUUUCCCGCGCCAUUUAUCACCUCGAGACCACACAGCUUGAGGUGGGGACACUCGCUUUUGCGGUUCUCAAUUUCAUUACAUAUGCUGUGUGGUGGAAUAAGCCUCUCGGGGUACAAUGUCCUCAUCCAGUCUACUGGAAGUCAACCAAGGCCAAGUUGGCAGAGGUCUGCUUUGAUGGGUACGUCUGCCCCUCGAUUAAUGCUACCGCUGCCGAUUAUGUCCCCUUAGCGUCUCUGAAAACGAUGACCUCGGAAUAUCUAUAG